GUGUCUUUCCCCCGUCGUGACGUAAAUGUUUCGGUUUUGGAUGACAAAAAAUCCCCUCUAGGGAAAAAACCCUGAACAGAUUGCCUUUAUCCUGAGGCGAAUAUAUUUUUUAUUCAGACCGACUUCAAGACACCAGUGUAAGCGGACGAGAAGCUGGAGGAUGGCGCGACACUCUCAUCGACAAGGGGGUACGUUCAAAUUUUAGGUAGAAGACGAGAUUUAACCAUUACUUUUCUUUCAUGUCUUUCUCAGUAUAUCGUUUACCAGUGUGCGAAAAUAUAAAGUGCCUUGUUAAAGUGUAUGUACCAAGCAAUGUUAUCUUGUAAUUUAUGUAGAAGCGUUUAUUAGGUCCAUGAACGUCCGCAGCGACCAACUUCAAAGGGACUUCAGAAAUGGACGUCCUCACUGACAAUGCAAGGCACUGUUUGCAUUAAAGCAUCUAAAAGCCUUAGAGCAGACUUUUCUGGUGCAUAAUCCUUCUUCAUUGUACGAAAAACCCAGAUAGCACGUAAACCAUAUCGGGUAGGAAAGGGCUUUUGUUCACGUGGUGAUUUCUGAUUGGUUUUUUGUUCGCUAAGAAGCGGAGCUGCGCCUCGCCGAUCUUGAAAGUGGAUCGUCGCCAAUAGGUUUCUGUGCCAUCCUUCAUGGCAGUGUGAACAGGUGUUUAUAGAGUCGUUACACCAGGGACAAGUAUUUUCUGUAAAUUUUAUGACCACAUACGGAUAAACUAUCUGGUAUGUUGUAGACACAACCUAACUUUAAGUUAUUUAAGGUCUUUUGAAAGUUGUAAAUAUUUAUGAAUGAACCUCUACUUUUACCACAGGUUAUAAUCCAUAUGAGGAUGAACAGCACAGAAUGGAAGUGGACCAAAGUGGCCAUUUUGGGUAUCCGCCAUACGCCAGCUAUCAUCCUGAUCCUAGAGCACAAGCCCUAGCACAACAACAACAGCAACGCUCAUUGCAAAGUAAACCAAAUAAUGAAGAAUUGUGCAAUUAAUAUACAUUUCUGUACUUUUGUGGCCAAAACUCACAAAAUAAUUUUAUGAUUUGACCUCAGUCAAAAGUUUUUUUUGUGAAAAAAAAAAAAAAAAAUGCUGCAAAAAUGCCAGUCACGCGUACGUGAUUCUCCGCCUUUCUCCCCCGGGGGAGGGGGGGUACUGCCAUAUGUGGGCUAUAUAGGUAUGUGCCGCUGUGAAGGGUAUGGUUUUCAAGCAGUUUACUUUAGGAUAGGGUGUAUAAAUCAGAGCGUUUGGGUCUAAAAUAGGGUAUCAUUUUUCAGGAAACUGAUCAGUUGGUUGAAGAUUUUAUCUAGACUAGGGAUUGUGGUAUAAAGUUUUGUUUUGGCUAGACUGUGCUAGUGACCUCAGUAGUUUCUGGAAAACAGCUACUCUAGGAUAGGGAGGAUUUGGGGAGUUUUCUCUAGUAUAGGGUAGCAAAAUUCAGAUGAACUAGCUCUGGUAUAGGUUAAGGGUUCCAGGGUCCCAGCGGCACAUCCCCACCCAGAAAUUCCUAAAGUCCCCCCCCCCCGGGCUUUCUCCUUCUUUUGCUACGUUGUAUGCUCUGUGAAUUAUGCAGUUUCAUUCGAACUAAGUUAUGUGGGAUUCUGCAAUUAACUUGAAAUGACCUAAUUUUAAGUUUACUUGAGAACCAUCCUCGGAGACCCAGGGGCAGAUAGUGGGGGCGAGGGAAAGUCUAAACAGGCGAAAAAAUAUGGCACAAAAGAACAGUAAAGAACGGCCAGAAGAGCCCCUGGGGACAAUGUCUUACCAGACCAGUUCCAAACGGUCGACGCCAUUCUGGCUUCUGAUUGGUGCCAGACAACUUGUGUUUUUCUGCCCAAUCAGAAGCCAGAAUGGCGUCGACCGUUUGGAACUGGUCUGGUAAGACAUUGUCCCCAGGGGCUCUUCUGGCCGUUCUUUACUGUUCUUUUGUGCCAUAUUUUUUCGCCUGUUUAGACUUUCCCUCGCCCCCACUAUCUGCCCCUGGGUCUCCGAGGAUGCUUGAGAAGAAGAACGGUAAGGCGGUAAAUUCCACCAUCUCUGUCUGAAUUCUGGCGCGGCCCCCUCGCGAAAUAAAGGGUGCGAAGUCUAUUUUUCUGCGACGUUUUCAUGGACAUCGCCUAUAUUUUUCUUCAUUUUAAAAUGUUACCCUUUCUUUCGCGUUAAUUUCCUUUAUCCACUAAAUUCGCGUUAAUUUUAGUCGCGUUCAUUUUCAUGCCUUAAUUUCAUGGAGCGUUAAUCUCCUAUAAUAAGGUAGCCCAUGUAUGGGAGUACCCCCCUGGAAACGCUCCUCAGGUGUAUGCGUCUCUAUUUAAAAAUCAGAUACUCUAUUUUAUAGAGUAGCUAAUCGCUAACUUGUACACUUUUGAUUUCAGCUAGCGAACAGAUGCUCUACGGCAUUUACGAAAACACAAUGGGCGUGAUAGAAGAACUGGAAGCAUUCGAAGAACAAAGCCACGGCAAAGUUCUUCCCAAGUCGGGAUUAUUGGAUCAUCUUCCUGCGUUUAAUAAACACAAGGGCUCACAAAGACCAAAGAGAACCCUACAUGAUGUGAGUGAUCGACAACCUUAUAGAUUUAAGCAAUAGAAAACGUUUUCCGUGUUUGCAUAGCCUGGUAUAAACACGAGAGGGGUUGGGAGAAUUUGGGACAGUUAUGCAAAACCGAGACGAAGUCGAGGGUUUUCAUAACUGUCGAGAACUCUGCCAACCACUCGAGUGUUUAUAUCACGCUAUGCAAACACCGAAAAAAAGUUUUAUAUUGCUUUUAUAAAAUAACUUUCCUGAGAAAAAACGCAAAACUCUUUGUUAUGGCACUGAUUAAAAGAGAAAUUCUUACCAGUCGCAAAGUCUUGUACACGAAGUCUUGCACGCGUAAUCAGUUCUUGUUUUGCAAAAAGAUGCUUUCCAAAAUACGGAUUUUUCUCGCUUAAAAUGCCAGCUUAAGCGAAAAAAAGUUGACACAUCUUGUCUGUAAAGAUUUUCCAAGUUUCAGCCGAGGAAGGAAUGAGUAAUUCGGUAAUCUUAUCGAGUUUUGAUCACUAAAACGUUUUCAAAUUCGUGCUUGCGUGAUUAGCGCGCGAAAAGCAAAACAUCUCACGUCACAACCAUGUUUUACAUACUCUCAUGCAAACACUCCUCUCGGCCAAUCAGAGCGCGCGUACCAGUAGCCUUAGAAAGCAGCCAACAUUUCGCGAUGCCAGUACUGGUUUUCCCGGGAAAUGAGAAACGAGCAGAGAAAUUCCAUAGUGAUGACGCGUCACUACCCAGAUCUGGGUAGUUCCUCUGAUUGGUAGUGCCGCGAGGGAAAUUUGCAUCAACCAAUCAGAAGCACGGCGUCAUCAGUAUUAAAAAUUCUCCUCUCGUUCCUCAAACGUCAUUUCGCGGGGAAAACAAUGGUGGCGAUGGACUUGGUGAAGGUCUGGCUGUUCACUUGUUUCUAGUGUGCCUCUGAUGUCAAAUUUAUCCUAAAAUUCGUUUUUGACUGAUUUCUGCCAGGUUCAAGCCGUAAUCGAAGCUGAACUCGUCAGCCUGGAAGCGCAGAUGAUGUUUGCUCCAAGUGAGGCUAAAGAGAGUGCCAAAAGUGCCAUGAUACAGAGGACACUAAUGUGGGUGGCUGCUCGAGAAGAGACAGGAGUCCCCAAAGGACUCGUUGAUGAAUAUGUGAAAAAUGUUCUUCAUGUUCUCAAUGGAAAGCCCAUGAUGCUACCGCCAAGGAAGAAAGGACCUCCGUAAGUUUUUGACACUGAGUUCUGAUCGCUAAAACUAAAUUUACCCCCAGGGGAUACCCCAUAAAAGCCUAUACGGGGAGGCUUCACCCGAAAGGGGCACCUUUUUCAGAUUUCAGCUAUAUGAAAGGGUAGAAAUGCCAUUUCUGUCAGAAAAAAGGCCCAAAAGGACUAACACAUGCAUUUUAUGGCUGUGAAAAAGUCGAGAAAACUUCCAGCGUUUUCUUGAUUUAUUCAUGUUUAAAAGAAAGUGCAUUAAAUUUUACAGUAGUUUAAAGGGAUACAAAGUUCUGCAGUAGGUAUGUGAAAGACGUACGUACCAUUUGUCAAUAGAAGGUAAACGAAAGGGAACCCUUUUCUGUCCAAAAGGGUAUCAUGUAAAAGAAUAAGGGGUUGGACCUUCGGGGCGGAGCCUCCACGUAUGAAACCCUGUUGAGCACCCUAGCUCCUCGGGACUUUUACCGUGAAUAAAUAUAUAUAUCCGGUCUAUAAAGCAAACAUUUACAUUAGUCCUUAUUCGUCCGUAGUUUGGAUGCGCAAACGGCAAACGAUAUGAUGUACAGAAUAGGACAGGCCAGACAUCAAGGGGACUUGCUGGACAAGGAGUUCCGUAAUAACCCUGAAAAGAGAGCUGCUCUGCGAGAGUUCAAGCAUGUUGGAAGGGAUGGACGUAACGGUACGUAAGCGAGUCUCCGAUACAGUCCGAUGACUCGAGUAAUUAUGAUUAAAUUUCGACUCUGCUCGCUAUCACACCUCCAGUCGGUUAGUGGUUAGUGCAUCCGAACUAGAGCUCGGAGGGUUGCGCGUUUGAAUCUCACUUGGAGCUCAGAAUUUUUUCUGAGCUGUCUGGUGCUAAAUUUCUACCUCUUCUAGAAUUAAUUACACCGUACGCAAUCCGGCUUUAAUACUACCGAUCGGUGUGGUGAUAAGGGACGCCUUUUUUACGGGCCAGUGUUAGGUCCUGAUUAAAUCGGAUAACGAAGCUAUCUCAUUUGGUGCAAAAGUUGUGAGAAACUUAGUAACAACAACAACAACUUUAUUUUAAGACAAUUCAGUAGAAUAUAACCCUAUCCUUCUGGACAAUUGCAAUCGAAGUACCACUAGCCGUAAACAGGUGCUGAGGACAUACAAACACCAAAAUGAAAGCAACGUAAAUGAGCAAACUUGCUCAGUGUCUGACCUGACCUGUUCAAAUGCGCGCACCACACUCAAAUUAUCUUAACGCUAUCUUAGUGUUACGUUAGUGACAGCUUACUGUGACAGCGCGAUGGGUUAAAUAACAGCGCAAUAGAUUUAAAGUGGGAGUUUCAACAUUCCUCCACUCGCCUCCUCUCCAAACAAUGUGACCUUUGUUUGUCUUGUGUCAUUCCUUGUGUCAGUCUUGGCUCUGCCUUCCCUAGCGUGUACUGCCACGUCAUAAGAAGGUAAUGUGCAUAAGUUUUAUGUGCUGGAAAACGUGCUUAUUAGCUGAAAAUACUACUAAUUCACCAUUUUUUCAUAAUGCACCUUGUUUACCCCCCCAAAAAAAAAAAAUACGUAACUAGUGUCUUCGAUUUCUCUUGGGACGACUGUAUUAUGCGGGAGAAAUUGGAAACAAUGGUUAUGCAAAAUUUUUGGAGGGUAAACAGGGUGCGUUAUGGUCUAUGUGAAAAUGGUGAAUUUUAGUGCUCCGCAACCUCGUCCCAAGGGUUAGAAAGAGAGGAUGCUGGGAACGAGGUUGAUAGUCUGAUGCUUGACGAUGCGUGACUUGAUGUCAAUAAUGAGAGAAUAGGCUAUAAAGCCUGAGUGUAGUCUCCUACGCAACCGUAUGGGGAGGAGCGUUGUGUGACGACACAAGAAAACGGCUGCGUAGAAUAUUACGAGGACUGAGGAGAGCCCAUCUCAAACACAUCACUUAUGAAAAGGCUGUCUUUCACGUUGCUAAAGCUAUGUUUUUCUUUCAAACGUUUGAAUAUUUUUUGGUAUUGUUUUGCAGGAAUGAGGCGUAUGAACAACCUGGAUAAUGAUUUACGUUAAGCGAUAUUAAGACCAUCAACCACGAGGAUUCGUGUUUUUUUUUCAGUGUUGUGUUAUGCAUGUUUGCUCUUAGGUGAUAUAAGUAUGGUUCGAGCACUCCAUUGUGACGACAGUCUGCGAAGACAGCGACAAAGCCCAUUCCUCGAAAGUCAUUUGUUACAGUUUUCCUACUCAUUGUUAAACUUUUGGCAGGUUUUUGCCAACGUUAGACCCCGGGGGGGGGGGGGGCAGUUUAGGAAUUUCUGGGUGGGGAUGUGCCGCUGAGACCCUGGAAUCCUUGACCUAUACCAGAGCUAGUUCAGCUGAAUUUUGCUACCCUAUACUAGAGUAAACUCCCAAAAUCACCCUAUCCUAGAGUAGCUGUUUCCCCAGUCUAGAUAAAAUCUUCAACCAACUGAUCAGUUUUCUGAAAAAUGAUACCCUAUUCUAGACCCAAACGCUCUGAUUUAUAUACCCUAUCCUAGAGUAAACUGCUUGAAAACCAUACCCUUCACAGCGGCACAUACCCAUAUAGCCCAUAUAUGGCAGUACCCCCCCCCCCCGGGCGUUAGGCGUUCUUUCAACCUCUUCCUCAGGGUCUUUUCGUUUUUAUGGCUGAGGCAGAAACGCUAUAUUGGAAAACGACAAGACCCUGGAGCAAGGUUGGUCCAAGCAUGACUCUGCUUGGCGGCAUACCAAUAAAAACAGCAGUAAUUCUCGACUUUUCUAUACGAAAAUGGGCUUUUGUUUAGUGCCGAGCAAAAUUGUCGGUCCUUCGUAACUUGAAUGAAGACCUUAUUUGAUUACAUUUCAGAGACGAGGAAGGCGGUUUUGUAAACAAAGAUGUCAAAAACUUGUCAAACAAUUUGUCGCACUCGCAAAGGUAUAGCGCACGGUGAUUAUACUCGAUGAGAUUUCUCUCGACUUAGCUCGUUUGUGACAACUUCUUUGCUGUAGGAUCCGUGUUCUGUAGUUAUAACAUUAAAGCAUUGUCAGUAGACAGUUUAAGGUAUUAAACUUAUUUGUUUGGAUAAACCAGAAUGUCUAGAAUUUAUACAUUGCUUUUUAAAUUAGCAAGUCCAGUAUCUCUCAAUGUGUUAGUUAAAAGAUACAUUUAAAUCAACAAUAAAACAGUCAAAGAUUUUAACAGAGUGCGUUUCAAUGUUUGUCAGCAUUUUUUAAAGCCUUGAUCAUGGAAAUGUACUGUAUACCCCCCCCUACCCCCAAUAUUGACAGCUUAGUUGUUGAGCAUAGCGACCCGUGAAACCUCAGUGGUUUCUUAAAGGACAUCAAUAAACGUGGCGUUUUCUUAAGGGUGCUGUAAUGCAAGGGGUUAACUUGUCUGACUGCUCUUAUCCUCCAACAGAGACUAUGUGGGCCGGAUUCACGCAUUGAUCAGUUUUCCCAUCAGGGUGCUUAACAUUCAUUAAAAAUGGUUGGGAAGACCACUCUGGGAAUUUCACUAUUAAGCAGAACUGUCAAGCCAGUCUAUUCCUAAAAGUUAUGCACGGUAGAAGCACUACCAUUCUGAAGCGCUACCCAGAUCCGGGUAGUGACGCGUCAUCAGUGUGGAAUUUCUGCGGUCUUUUCUCAGACGUCAUUUGAGGGGAAGCCAGUGAUAGCGUCGCCAAAUGUCGGCUGUUUUCUCAGGGUACUGGAUCGAAAGCCUCUUUUGAAUCUCAGAAAAAAACACUUUGAGUUGCCCGCCGCUACACUUCAAACAGCAUUCCCGAGGACCCAAAAUUUGAUCUUCUUCCUUGGGAAGCUGUGCAUGCCCCUAGACCCCCAGGGCGCUCAGCCCAAAAUUCCGGAAAUUUCGGUUAGAAAUCAAAUGGAACAGACUAUUUCGAUUCGGUCCGACCGGUAUAUUUGGGACUACCGUUCAAGGUGGUCCACCUUGACCGGUCAGGUUACCUCUGUCGGUCGGACCGAAAUGUCCCUUUCCAUUUGUCAAAAUUGUUGUCCCCAGUACCGCUCUUUUGUAUCCUGCUUACAAGAGCAAUAACCAAACUCGCGGUGGCUUGGGUCGGGUAUGUGCGACCGGAAUGUACCGUUGCAAUGGUCAUGUAGAUUUUCCGAAAUUUCAAAUCGGAGUGUUUGUCAAAUGGAAAGCGCCCCCAAUCUGCUCAAAAUGGAUUGUGAAGUUUUUUCACUCCUCGCGAAUAACGAAUAUGAUAUGAUUCUGAUCUAUAUCACUGAAAGACGUAUAUACCUGUAAAAUAAGUUCGUCCCAUGUUUUUUUGCUUGUGGAAUCUGGAAUCCUUAGACUGUUCACAGUCCCCUAUUUUUUCGUGAGAUCGUUUAGAUAUACCACGUCUUACCGUCACGGGUAUCUUGAUUUUCAAAGGUACCGAAGGGGCGGGCGUCGGAGAUUAUAGCUCUGAGGGGGGGGGGGAGGGGCGAGAAAAAUAGAGGGACUGUAAUAACAUAACUGCAGCUCGCGUUCACUGAGCGCGUUGUACCAGCAACGCAUGCGUUUGAUUGGUCAUUAUACAAUAGAUGUUAAUUUGCGUUGACAACGGGUUUAAUCUAAGUUGCCGACAUUGACAAGUCGUUGACAGGUCGACGUUUCCAUAAAAUGUACGCUUUCAUACCAUAAGGCACAUCUUGCGCAAACACGCGAAGGAUUUUUUGUAUUUUGAUUAGGAAAAUGUUUUCUUGUGCAUGUUUGCCGAUUUUAUUUCGAGGAAUGGCCCAGAAACAGUAUAGAAUCACUGUUUCGAAAAAACACGCGCGUAAUCGAUGCUAAAUGUGUCUGGCAUGUUUUUCAUCACCAGCGGACUUUCUUAAUUAAUGAAUGGUAAAAGGCGUGAAAUUCCUCUCACGCCUCCUGAACGCGAGCUGCAGUGAUGUUAUUACAGUCCCUCUAUUUUUCUCGCUUCCUCCCAAACCGCCCCCGCCCCCUGAGUAGUUUUGACACUCAUGCAAGAUGGCAGCCCGUCACGCAAAGCGCUCGAUCUCGACGUUCUUACGGAAAAAUGGAGGACUGUGAACAGUCUAGGAAUCCUGAGCUUUGGAAUGUGGAAUACAGCCCAAAUGAAAUAAUCCAGAUCCCACUAAGGAUUGGGAUCCCCAAUCUAAGCCAGUCAACUGAGAAAUGAAUCCGAACUGAGUACAGUACUUGGAUUGCGCAAUCUCCAUGUGGAUCCAGAAUCCAAGGGCGCGAUCCUUUCAACCAAAAUUCCAACCGGUCCGACCGGGAAAAGUGGUCCACCUUAAAAGGUGGACCCGUUUUUUCGAAACUUUUCCGGUUGGACCAAACCGAUCCAUUGAGUUUUGGACCGAAAUUUCCGGAAAUUUUGGUUGAAUGGAUCGCGCCCUUUACCUUGGAUUCCCUUACAUGGGGCGAUAAUAUCGUACCCAGAUUUCACUCUGUCUUACGCUGAAAAGUGAGAUCUCCCUUUCCUUUGGCCGUGCAAGAACUGGGUACGAGAUUAAUGGGGCGAUAGAAUCAUUGGCCUUUUUUAUGAGAGGACGCAUUAUCCGUCCAUGGCCGUUUUUAUACUACAUACAGUCGCAUUAUCCGUCUGGACGAACUUGGACAAACCUUCGUCUGGUUAUGUGACGGGCACAAGACGCAUUAUGCAUGCGUCUGGACGAAUUACGCCCUGAACGACGCGCUAGCGAUGGUUCGUCUGGUUAUGCCAGAUGAACCACAAACGGUUUGCCCAAGUUCGUCUAGACGGAUAAUGUGUCCUUACUAUAAAAAGGCCAUUUAAUCCUCCAGGCAGGCCAAGGAACCGAUUUCAAAGACCUUUGAGAGCUGACAUUAGAUGUCAGAAUCAAAAGCCUUGGCCAGAAGCCAGAGGCCGAUUAGAGCCAUGGUGGAUGCCCUAUGUUCAUGAUUUCGUCCGCUCUCUUUAACUUUGAGUGAAUUUUUUUUUGCUCGUGAAUGAGCUUAACCAGGAGUCCUAAUAUUUUUACAAGACUACAGGUCACUACAAGAUGAUCACAUAUCAAGAGACCAGGGAGAGACUUGGCGCCGCAGGUAGGCAUUUGCCGAUUGUGCUAGUAAAAGUGGCAUAUUAUGCUAGUGGAAGUGCUCGUUUUUUGCCCAAAUUAUGCUCAAAUUAUGCUCGCUUUUCAAAAUUAUGCUACUUUUUUAAAAAAUUAUUCUGUGCACAAACUUCACAACUCACAAGACAAGUUUGAAAAUGUAUUUUAUUAACCCUGGCCAGACGUUCUGGGCCCGGUUGUUCAAAACCUGGGUAACUUUAUCCGGUGGUUGGGCCUAUACGGCGAAUAAAUCUGCUAUCCAGCGGAUAGUUAUCCAGCGAACAAAAGUAGGUUGCACAAAGCCUGGAUAGUGUGGUGGAUAACUAUCCGCGGAUAGCUUGAAAAUGGCGGCCGCCAUUUUGAAACGAGCACUGGGAGAAAGACUAAGGAGUCUGGGACCGAGACACAGACUUCCGGUUCCGUUUCAUCGAACUCCCGCGGUAUCUCAACACAAGUAAAAAAAAAUCGAAAAAUAGGAGUGGAAGCAACUGUUAAUAGUAAUCUAUCGUUUUUAGUAGCUGAGAUCUUCGUUUUCUUGAAUUAUUCUAAAAUUGUGCUAUUAAGACAAGAAAAUAUACGGAUUAUGCUAGCAGUGCUACUUUUGGAAAAAGGGCAAAAAUUAUGCUCAAUUCCUCAGAUUAUGCCAAAAAUUAUGCUAGCACAAUCGGCAAGAGCCUAGCCGCAGGCCGCCGCAGAUUUGCGCGGAAUCCUGCGGUGUGCAAGGUGUUGUGGGAAGGUGGCACGUUGUGAGUAACAAGGCAUUCUGGGAUAUCUUUCUUUGGUGCGGUGAAGACGCCUUGUUUUUUUCGUUCCUCAGCCUGUGAAAACGCGAAAAUUAGAGUGAGCGGACGAAAUCAUGAGCUCUACAUGAAGUUUUUGGAAAAAUAAUGAUGGAGGAACCUGAAAGGUACAGACGCUUUAUCUUAUCUUAUCUGCAGGAGUACAGGCAGCAACGUUUCUUGCGCAUGUAUCGCUCAUGCAUGGUCUUCGUUCCUUGGAUAUGUUUAUGGGCUUUUAUAUAUGGUUGACUUCUCUUUAACAGUUUGUUGUAGUGUAACAUAAUUUUUCAAAGACAUGUCUUCUUUCUUUAGAUCAUCCGAAAAUUCAACUGUGGACGCAAAACAGAUCGGGUGCAGUUUUGCAAAGUCGUGGACAGCGACAUCUAACGAUAAAGUGAGUGCUUUGUAAUGUUACAAAAUAACUUAGUGUUUGCCUUUUUGCCUGAUGGCUAAGUUUAGUGCAUUAAUAAUCAGACGUAUUGUGUUUCAAAUAAAUUUGGUUGGUUGUACGUGUGUUGAAAUAUUCUACAUGGAUAUUUUGGAUAUUAUGUCUGACAUAUAUACGCGCCGCUCAAUUCCCCCCGGGCAACCUCCGUGACAUUUGACCAUUAUUUUGAGACAGGCUUCUUGACCGUCAAAUACCCUUCACAAGGAAGAAAUGUUUAAAUUGUGAAUUUUGGUGACAUUCUGCUUUUUUGCAAGUCUAUAAACCAUUUCAAUUUCAUUUGAGAAAUCUCAAAACAUUUGAACAGAUUGUUUUCAUGCUACACUAUUUGAAUGCUCUAUCCACUAUUUGUUAACAAGAACUUGACUGUUAAAUGGUAAAGCAUUAGUGUAUUAAAUCCGUUUGAUCUCACCUCACAAGAGAGGCCUUGGAUUGCACUAGCCUGAGUAAACAGUUGACAUUUUGCGACGCCACAACUGGUUUCCCCGCAAAAUCAUGUCUGAGAAACAGGCAAAGAAAUUCCAUACUGAUAACAUGUCACUAUUCAGAUCAGGGUAGCACUUGCUGAUUGGUCAUACCGUGUGGGAAAUUUGCUCCAAACAACAGAAGCAGUACCCAGAUUCUGUGCUUGUUACUCAUACAUCAUUUCAUAGGGGAACCAGUGGUAGCCUGAAAUUCAUCCGAUUGCUUCGAGUCGUUUUCUCCUCUCAACAACAUCUGAAUCGACCAGCUGUUGAUGCUUUCCAGUGACGUCACUCACUACCCGAAAACCUGGGAGUGAUUUUGAUUGGUUGAUUGUCUAAACAUUCGCAUAAUUAUGUAUAAUUAUGAAAAAAUUUUAGCGGGAUUGUUGCUUGAUAUUCAGCAGAUCGCAUCCCUGGCAUUCUUUCGUUUAGUUCAAACAUUUCGAUAAGCUUAAUCUUUAUCUUAAACAGCAACAUUGCCCUUGUCUUUGAAACUGAAAUGCUAAUUUGAACUGCGAAUGAAGAAUCAUUGCGGAGAAUCGGUAGGUUUUUCAUUUAGAACCGCUUUGUGGUUUCGGCGGCCAGUGAUUUUGUUUACGCGAAGUUUUCUGAGACCAAAUGUUAUAAUUCGACCUUCUUGCUAUUUUUACCGUCAAGUGUAAUGAUUCUGUUAGCUUUUCUCUCUUGUCUCCUUGUUUUUUUUCUUCGUUAAGGACCAAAUAGCUUCUUUUGAAUUAAAGCAAAUCAUUGUGUUUUUGAACUGAGUGUUCCGUGUGUGUGUUUAUUUCAUUGCGUGAUUGCGACCGAGUUUGAUUUAAUAUAGAAUUUAGUACAAUCGGUUCAGAGUUGUACUGCAUGCAGUUGAUAGUAUGAACGUUAAACAUGAAUUACGAUUGAAAAAAAUAAAGCAAUUCUGUAUCAUGCAGACAUUUCCAAACAAUAUUUCUCAGUUUGCCUCUUGAAAAUCGUGUUUUACUUUUUGCAUGAAUUAAAGCAAAGGUCAAGGAGUGGUGACGUCACUGGACGGCAUUAACGGCCGGUCGAUUCAGACGUUACUGAGGGAGUAAUAACGACUCGAAGUAAUCGGAUCAUAUUCAGGCUAAACCAAUGGUGGCAUUGCAAAAUGUCAGCUGUUUUCUUAGGCUAGGAUUGCACCAGUGGGCAUCAAAAGCCACUUAAAAGUUUUAGAGGAGACCCCCCCCCCCCUCAACUGGGGCAUCCACCUCCAUAGCCUCCCUGACAUCAGAUACUGACACUGAAGGCACUUGAAUCAGCUGGCUGAAUGGAUACCUCAAUUGGCUGUUUUUCUCCCUUAGCUUCAUGCCUGCUAUGCAUGUCUCAUUGUUCAGUUAGAACUAAGAUUUACAGUAACGAGCUGCAACCUGUUAGCUUUUUCAAGAAGAAAUCACAGUUUUCUCUUCAACAUUUUUUUAUAGGAUAAAUCAGAAGGAGUAACAGUAUCAGAGACCUUUCACAAUUAUUCUAACAUGUAAGUUUGGAUCAGUAUAUCCUGUAGGUCAAAAUGAAAGUAAUGUUAGAGUUUGAUUCUCAGUUUCCAUUGUUUUGUAACCCUAAUACUGUUGAACCUCCAUGUGUGACCACCUCUCAUAAGACCACCUCCCAUAAGCAAUCGCCAGUCCAAAACACCACAAUUUUCCCAGUCAAAGCCUUACAGUUGGAACCUCUAGUAAAUGACCACCUCCUGUAAGCGACCACGACCAGCUUUUGGGCCUUAUGGUUAAUAUUGUCCAUUGUUUUUUAACUCUUGUAAACGACCACUUGACACAUUCUCUGAUCUCUAUUUUCGCUGUGUGCACUAUGUUACUUAGAAUAUACAAAGAACUUUAGUAACAACAUAGAACUACACUUAUCCUAACUUAAACAUUGCAUGCAAUAAAUUAUCUUUCAUAAAGUAGAUGUGCUUGGACCUCUUCUCGGAAGAGACCCAUUUGAUUCUUGUAAACGACCACCUCCUGCAAGCAACCACGCAGUCUUUGCAUUUUGGGUGGUCGCUUACGGGAAGUUCGACUGUAAUUUAUUAUCAAGUUUUCCUGAUCAUGAAUAAUUAAGGCCAGGACACAAAGGAAAUUGAGAAUCAGUCUAGGUUGUUGAGUUUAUUAAAUAAUGCUCAUUAAAUUAUUGAUUUCAUAUCAUGUACAAUGUGAGUCAAUCACACAUGCACUUGUUUGCGACUUUUUGAUAGCUUCAGAUGUACAGAAUUUUAUACCACUAUAUUUUUUUAAAUGCAUAUUUUUUACUUAAUAUUUCCAUAAAGAGUUGCAAAUGUAAUGAUCUUAAAUGAUAAUUUAAUAGCUUAUAUAGGGCUAUUUACAUAAUUAUGCUGAUCAAUAGCACUUAACAAAAUAAAAAUAUAUAUAUUAAAAACAUUAUUAAAUAGGAAGUAAUUUUUAAAAUGCAGACCUAAACAAAAACAUCUUAAGUUUGUUUUUAUGAACAGCAAGUGUUGUGACAUUACGAAAGUUCACCAGUAGGCUGUUCCAUGAAGCCAGUGUGGCAAAAGUAAAAAUACCUGCCACCGAGUAUAGGGCGCAUUAUCUCCUGUGGAACUUUUAAUAAUAGGCUUUUGUUCUAGCAUAAUGCGUAUGAACUCUUGUGCUUCACUUGUAUCAAAUCACUAAGAUAGGAUGGCGCCAGUCCAUAAAUUGAUAAGAAUAAUUAUUAGAAUCUUAAAAUUGAUGAGAAUUAGAAUCUUAAAAAAAGUAAGAAUUAGAAUCUUAAACUUGAUACGAUGGGUGAUGGGAAGAUAAUGUCAGAGAUACGUGUUUUUUUUUUCUUCAGAAGAACAAAAGAAAAAGAAAGUGAACCAAUUGAAUUGGAAAGUGAAGAGGUUGAAGUCAUCGCUGUGGUGGAUCAGUCAUCAGACCUGGAAGAUGAAACAAGUGAUUGGAAGAAUUCUACAUGUACAGACAGACCACAAGGUACUGAACCUGUACAAAGUUCUCCAACACAGGGGCCCAUGCUUUUGAAUCUUGAUUCCCCUGAAAAUGUGACUCAAGGACCAUUUGUGCCCCCACAUGUUUCAUCUGGUGGAACUCAACCUGCUCUAGUGUUUUUUUUAGGGUCACCUGGUGUGACUGCUACCGGUGAGAUUCCAGCUGUUUCUACAGCGGGUGCCUCUUCAAUGCCAUUUGCAAAUGCAUUGUUCUUUACUCAGCCUGUCACUCUAAGUGUUGUUCCUCAGGAUUCUUCAUCUUCCAGCAGUGGAGUCAUUGAAAAAGCUAUGGAACUAGCAAACUUUCAAACAAAUCCUGCACAAAGUGAAUAUCAACAAAAUUCAGCACAAGUGGUGGUUUCUACAGGUGGUUUGAUCCCAGCUAAUACCAACACUUGCACCAUGCCGCCAGGUGUGUCACAAGAUGCGCUGCCAACAGAUCAAUCAUUUGGUGCACUCACUCAAGUUUCUCAGAACAUAGUCAUAGCACAAUCUGUUGUGACAGGGGAGAAUGUACCCAUUGACAAUGUAUCUCAGUCCAUCACAGUACAGACAUCACAAGGCAUGCAGAAUCCAGGCUUAACAGACUUACAGUCCUUUGCAGGAGAAUUGCCAGCCGGAAUGUCCAGUGCAGAAGUAGCCGGUACUGUGCAGACAGACAGCUAUGAGGAACGACCUAAAAUAAAUACUACUAAGAAGAGUGUACGAAUCAGAGAGGUCAUGACGCAGACCGGGGCAGAACCUGAGAUUAUGAUUUUAGCUGAAAGAAGGCUGGACAUUGGAGAGGGUUCACCAGAGGAGCCUGUCAACAACUGGCCACAAAAGACUGUAAAGAAACCAGGUUGGUUCGAUAAAAUGCCGUUAUUAUUAUGUUAUAUUGUACUCACUAGAGCUUACAGUUAAUGAUUAAAUGAAUUUAGAGGUUAGUUUAGUUAUCUAGAUUGUACUAACAGUAACUGACUUUUCCGUAGGUUCAUGCACAAUGUUUAUGUAUGAUUUCCAAGAGCAAUGUCAAACUGUGUUCUGUUCCACGUGGUGUUUGUCAUUAUUUUCUUUGAAACAAUGUGUAAUAAAACAAUUCUAUGUUUGGUUUUUGUGAGGUCCAGAAUAACCAGAGUAAUAAUUUCAGUACAAAGUGUAUACUACCUCAUUUUGAUUAUUCUCUAUAUCACAAAAAUCUUAUACAAUAUUGUUUGUUUCACCCAUCUUCAUGUUUUAAACUCUUGUCUAGCCACUAAAGUGCACACCAAGGCACUGUUGUUAGGAAACACUACAUGUACCCCUCAAUUUACCAAAAAGUAAGCUUUUUUCGGACAGCUACUGCACGGCUGUUUCAAUUUUACAGAGUGUUUGUCCUUGUGCUCUUCUUCUUUAACACUCGUACACUGUAUUUCAUCCCUGGCCAGACUGUUGUCAGAGUGAAGUUGUUCAGUGUUUCAUCAAACAUUGUUUGACCAUUUGGUCACCCAUGUUGGAUGAUGUUCAUGCAACAUUUUUAAUUAGCUUGAUCAAAAUAAUAAUUUUAAUAAUUUUAACAUCAAAAUAAUGUUCUUUUUAAAGAGGCUGCAAAGGUCAGACGCUAUGGAUGUGACAAAUGUAAUAAAAAGUUCUUUACCAACAAUGAUCUAAGACGUCACCAAACAAGCCAUCAAGAUUCCAGGCCAUUUAUCUGCCAGGUAAUCCUUUAUUAUGGUCAUUAAACUCUAGAGGCAGUUUUUUGUCAAGUCUGUUUUACUCUGCCAGUGGUGGAUGUGGCUAAGGACCCGACUCAAGGUCUGCCCCACCUUAAAAUGAAUUUUUCAUUGUUAGUGCAAAACUGAAUGUAAAUAACAACAGCUUUCCUAGCCUGUGAACAGAUGGAAAUUAACUUCUGGUUAAGUUGGUCUGCAGAACAGUACCAAAAUCAUUCUGUGUUAAAUGUCAAUGUCAUUCUAUGUUAAAUUACAGGGAAAAGACAUCCUUGAAAAAAAGUAAUGUUUUUCGUCCUUGAUUUUUUUCCCCCGAAAUUGUAUUUGAACCAUGCAACUAGUCCAUUUCCUUCCAGUUGGGAUUCUUAACCUCAUUAUUUCCCAUUUGAAUCAUUACUAACAAUGUAAUUUUCUUUCUUUAUCCCUCAAAGAUAAUUUUAGUUUUUAUAAUCAUUAUUUGUAUCAUUAUCAUUAUUUAUUUCUUAUUCUUAUUUUUAUUACUGUUGAUGUAGGAAUGUCAAAAAGGUUUUAGAACUGCUGGGGAACUCAACAUCCAUAAGGCUAUUCAUGUGCAGGUCAAACAGUACAAGUGUGAAUACUGUGGCAAAGAGUUCCGCACUAAGGGCUGCAUCAAAUCUCACAUCAAGUACCAUAUUGGUUAGUAGUGAACUUGAAAGUCAAGCGGGGACAGUUUAAUUUUGACUUUGGUUUGUUGCAUUUGAUGUAAAUAGGAAAACACAACAGAUAAUCUUGGGAUUCCUUUGGUACUCAGUUGAGAUUCCUGUGGUACUCAAGGGUGACCUUUUGUGGUACUCAUUUCGUUGUACAUCUGCAUUUUCUGCGCCAUCUUCACUUGAAUAAUUUAUCUCGUGGGCACAAAAAUGUAAAUACAAUAAUUGACAUACGCUCUGGUUGCGUGGUGCAAUAGAUAAUGCAUUGCCCUUACAUGUCGAAGGUCUCAGGUUUGACUCCUGCCGGGUGAGACUUUUUUCUUUUUUUCGUUGUUAUUUUGUUUUGUUUUGGUUUCUUUUUUAAAAAAAACAUAUAGGAAGCAUUUUCCAGCAUCAAUUUAUUAGGAAAUAAUGCCACAUUUGACAGUGAACCAAAAAAAGCUCAACACACUUCCUUAUCUGCGAUUACUACUAGUUUAUGAAGAUGUUAUGGUUCAGUUCAGGGUUCUUUGUCAAUUUCUGUAAUAUCUAAUCAACAUUGGUCUCUUGUUGUUAUCUAGGGGACAAACGGCAUAAAUGUACAGAGUGUGACCGAGCAUUUGUCAAAAGUGCAGAUCUCAAGCGCCAUAUGGCAGGUCACAAGAAUGAAAAGAACUUUGAGUGUGAAGACUGUGGUUCUGCUUUCACGCGACGAGAUAACUUGAAAGCACACAGACUGUUGCAUUCUCGGGAAUCAGUUGUUACUUGUGAUUUGUGUUCCAAGGAGUUUAUCAAUGCAGUUUACCUAAAGCGACACAUGCACAUACACAAACAAGCCAAGAAGAAGCCUUAUGAGUAAGUUGUUGAUAAAUACAUGUACUUGUUUGUCUGAGUGUCUAAAAAACUUAAAAGAUAUAGCAGAUUAAUGUGUUGACCACAUACAUGUCAGUGUGCAAAGAGGGGCAUAUCAAGUAGCCACUUUCCUUGCUUUUCUCAAACUCAUUAACAAUUCACAAAGAAAAUACAAAGAAAAUUAAAGUUUAAUGGUAUUUGGAAAUCAGAUGAAAAAGUGCCUUAAUUUCUCCUUCUAAAAUCAUUUUAUUUGAGAAGUAAUAUCAAGCAUUCGACACAGUGUUUCAUCACCAGAUGAAACACCUCGAAGUUCGUCAAAGAUACUCUGCUGUGCUUCGUAUUUUCAGCUCUCCUCUCAAUUGUUAAAAAUAAUGAUCAUGUGUAUAGAAAUGUUGUUAGCCAAAAUGAAAUUUAGGUUAAAGUGGUUUUAACUUAUGACUCUCAAUUUCCUUUCUAGCAUUAAUAUUAUUAAUCAUGAUGAUAGGUGUAGGGCUAGGAGGGAAAGGAUAUUUUAGAGUUAACCUAAGUUAAAACCAUUUCAACCUGAAUUUCAUUUCGAUGUACAAAUUAAAUGUUAAAAGAGAUGUUAUUUUGUGCUCAUACUUUAUUUUUGUCCCCUUGAUAAGUAAGAUUCUUUAUUCUUAUUUAUGAAGUUCUUCACACCAUUCUCAAUUUGCAUAAUAUUGAUUUGUAUUCUGCAAAAGGUGAUUGCAACAGUUUUAUGAUUUGUCUCUUUGCCUUAAAUUUAAGGCUCUAUGCUUUACCAUGUUACUUUUGUGUUGGCAAAAAAACCAUGCCAGAUAGGUCUUCUGUUCACACAUAAGCAAAGCUAUUUUGGCGCAAUUUCUGUAACGAAGCGAAGCUGCACUGCACUGAUCUCGAAAAGGGAGAGCCAUUUAUUAGAUAGGUGUUCAUAAUAUGCUGCUGAUGGCUUUUGGCAGUGGUGAACAUAACCCAAGAGAAGCUGAGCUUUAAAACAAUCUGGUAUUUGAUCAGGAUUUGACACAAAUUCAGUGCCAUUUUCAUUUCUCUCCAGGUGUCAGUGGUGCCCUAAGACAUACGAACAGCUGGAAGGACUGAGACGCCACAUCCGCCAGCAUGUGGGUGAUGAAAAGUUUAUCUGUAAAGAAUGCGGAAAAAAGUUUAUAACCAACAUCCAACUCAAAAGACAUCUGUGGCUCUCUCACGACCAAGACAGUCCAUACAGAAAAUCUAUUCUAUCGUAAAUUCUAAGGUAGUACGCAAAAAAAUUUACACCCAGCGCCCAGCUGAAAAGACAUUUUGUUAUCACAUAAACAAGACAGUCCAUAUGGAAGAUCCUCCUUGUUACCAAAAAAGUUUGAGUAAAAACCAUAAAACCAUAAUAAACAGAUUCUAGAAGGACAUCUGCCGCUCUCUUGAUUGACAGGUGACACCUGUUGCUGAAUGCCUCUCCACCUGUACUGUGAACACUUUUCAUAUACCGGAAAUAAUUUUGUCAUGUUUGGGUACCACUUUUACUUGACACAUUCGCCACUUUAAAAACAAGAAGGAAACAGUCUGGGUUGAGUUAAAUCUGGGGGAGGUUAACCCUUUAAGCCCCAAUAUCCACAUACAAAUUCUCCAAACUGAUCUCCAUAGAUUUUCUUAAGAAUUACUUGAGAGAAUUUCAUAAAGGAUCAUAGCAUUUUCCCUUUGGUGAUCAUUUUAUUAAUUCUCAUAACUUUAACUCUUGACAAUGUAUGGAUAUUAUUAGGAGAAAAUUCUUUUUGAUCACUAUUGGCACUUAAAGGGUUAAGUUACUUAACAGUCCCAGAAGUCUUUGCAAAAGUUAACUCGGCCCUCUAAAGUGGUGAAUGGCAGCUUUACUUUUCUCAACACAAUGUAAGAACUGCUGUUGCACAAGUGUCCUACAAGUACCCAGCGUGCAAAGAAAGUCGUGUCCAAUAGCCUGGGGCUAGUGGAUUUUGCUAUCAGACUAGUGAAUUCUGUUUUUAACUUGCCCGAUGGGCAAGUGAUGUUUUUUGAAGAAUUUGAAUAACAGAAGAACUGUGAAAUCAAUUCUGCUCAUCAAAAAGCUUUUGGGGCUAGUUGAAAUGACGUCUGGGCAAGUAAAUGCUAGCUUCAGCUUUCCCGAAUGGCAAGCUGUAAAAAUGAUUUUCUUUGCACCCUGGUACCUCCUGUCGUGGCAUGCCCUGAGCUCGCACUCAACAAUCCAAUUUUUAUUUUUCCUUUGGUACUUAAUGUAGCAGAUAUCACAUUACUCAGGAACCAUUAGCUAUAAGCAGGUUUUAUAAACUUG